CCCCCUGAAAACGUUUAAAAUGGCUGUUGAUGGGUGAGUUUCAGUCUCUCCACUCCGCUCAACAUGUCAUAAACAACCACCAUUAAUCACCAACCCAGCCUCCAACUCUUUAUCUGCGUUCUUGCAUCCUCAAGUCAUUGAAAAACUCGUCUCCCUGGAGAUUUUGUGCCUUGGAAUUGUUCUUCUCCUUGGGUAGAUUAGUCCUCAAGAAAGCUGCACCAAACAGAGUCAUGGCUUCCAGCAUCAUUGUUGAGCUGAUUAAUUUGCCUAAUGGCGACAUAGUGCUUGAACAGGAAAACUAUAAUUCUGACCUCGAAACCACUGUUGACCGAUUGAGCAAGUGGCUUGUACCUGGACUUUUUGCUGUUGGAAUACUAUGUAGGCAUGAUGCAGAAGCUAUGCGGGCUGCCGUGGGGUAUUUGGCGAAUACUAUGCUCGCUAUCAUGAUCAAACGAAUACUGACUCAACUCACUCAAGAGAGACGUGCAGCCUCUGGUGUAUCUGAGCUUGGAGUGCCGUCUUUGCAUGCGCAAUCUAUCUUCUACAUUGUUAUAUUUGCCAUUUCUUCAGUUGUGCAUUCUCUAGGGAUAACUGUGAUCACGCUGACCAUGAGUGGAUUUGCAUUGGCAUUUAGCUCAUAUCUUUCAUGGAUACCAGUCUCACAUCGACUUCAUACUCUGAGCCAAGUGAUUGUGGGUGGUACCCUUGGGACCAUUUUCUCCAUUCUAUGGUACUGGUCAUGGAAUGUCGCUGUGCACGAACCAUAUGUAUUUCGACUUCUGGGUUCAAAUAGUUAGUUUGCCAGAUUGCAAAGCAUUUCUUUUAUAUGUAAUUCGGUAUUGGAUUAGAGAUGAACGAUGAAGUAUGUAAAUUGAUAUAUAUUGAUAGCAAGAUGAAGAUGCCACUUUGUCUCCAGGUCUAGCACAUAUGGACCUCAUGUAAUGCUUUUCAAUUAAUCCAAUAUGCAUGGGAUUGAGCCUUC